AUGACGGGGUUUAAUGUACUUGGUUCUUUUUCCGUGUGGGUGUCUAUCCUUCUUUUUUUGUUUCCGACUCCAACAUACGAGCUAGCCGAUAGUUUCGCUACUGGCACUGCAACUGGUAUUCCUUCGCAUGGAAUAGCAGAUUUAAACAAUAUAUUCAACAUAUCUACUCAAACACAAUCAUUAAGCAAAGGCGAUGGACAGAUGAUGUAUAUGCGCUGGUUUUCUUGGGAUGGCGACAGAUCCACUACACCCAAAAGUUACACGGCAGCAUUCUGGUUGAACAUAUCCAUCUACUGGACACGCAUAUUUGUUUGGUGUAUCGGUGUUUCAUUGUUGGUGCCAGUAGUGAGCACAUCGGUUGCAUACAGAAAUAUUUCUUUGUUUUAUUACCAAACCAGCAACAACACUCCUCAGAUCGUGUGUAAUCUUACACCGAAAAGAAUGUGGGUCAAAACUGAGUUUGACUGGGCCGUUAGAGCUCGAACUGUUCUGUUUAGUUUGAGAAACGGCAUUGUGAAUUCGUGUAACUGGGCACCGACAAAUUGUGUUGCCAGUCCUAAUUCGUAUGCCUUGGAUGACAUUUGCGCAGAUGCAUGUACCGGUCAAACAUGUGGAUAUAACAUUACGCUUCGCGUGGCUUGGACUGGAACUGACGCUCGUGGGAAUACUCUCACUAGUUAUUCUCGUGAUAUUUGGAGACUGCAGAAUUCUCUUCAAAAUUAA